UCCUGCAGUCCGCGUCGUGCGGCUCGGAAGGCGGGGCCCCGAGAGGCCCAAUCAGAACGCCGGGAGGAGGGAGACCGGCAGGCGGCGAGCACGCCCUUUCCGCCCUGGGCCCGGAUGGGUGAUGUGGCUGGGGCUCCGCCGGCCUCACUAUGUCUGCCAUUUUCAAUUUUCAGAGUCUGUUGACUGUAAUCUUGCUGCUUAUAUGUACCUGUGCUUAUAUCCGAUCCUUGGCACCCAGCCUCCUGGACAGAAAUAAAACUGGACUGUUGGGUAUAUUUUGGAAGUGUGCCAGAAUUGGUGAACGGAAGAGUCCUUAUGUUGCAGUAUGCUGUAUAGUGAUGGCCUUCAGCAUCCUAUUCAUGCAGUAGCUUGGAAAAAUACCUGAAUGUAAUUGUCAUCAAAUUUCAAUAUAAAAAUGGGACUUACAUGCAGAAAAUGAUGCAAAGAAUGUAUAAGUUUGUUUCAACAUUGAAUGAGAUAAAUUCCCAGCUGCUGUUUUCUAUUUUGUUAUUGGACCAAUGUUCUAUAUAAUUAAGAUGUAAUCAUUUAAUACUCAAAGAGUUUAUAGCAAUCAAUCUCAGUACUGUCACUACAAUAUUACAUUCUGCAAUUGUCAUUUUGUUGUGUCCAAUACCAGUUUUUAGUAUCUCCAAGGCACAUAGUAGAAAAAUUUGGUAAAUUAUUCAAGUUUCUUUCACUGUGACUUGGAAGUGAUAUAUCUUCAUAGAAUGAGACCGUAUAUUGAACUAGCUUUUUUAUUGGGAAAAAAGGGGUUCAAUUUGUGUUGCUAAGGGUUGCAUUCAUACUUAAUAAUACUUGCUUUACCUCUGGCCACACCAUUUUGAGCAUUAACCAGAGUACCUCCUCUCUUAAUGAACUCUGUAGUUUAUAGCAGUUUUUUAAACUAUUUAAAAUAAGCCUAUGCAGUUCUAAGGAGAAAGAUAAAUGAGAUGUGACUUGAGUAAUAUUGAGAAAGUGAUCAUAUUUAACGUGAAAGGAUGUAGAACAGCUGAUUGAUGUAGUCGCUUCUACAGCCUCUCUGGUUAAGUAUGGAUAAAUGUCUUAAGUAUAAAUUUGACCAGCUGUCAUUAUCUAAGUAAAACUUCAUUCUUAGAAUAAAAAGAAUAACAUAGAACAAUUACAAAAUGAUAAUCCUGUGUUGUGUAGAGUCAGGUCUCCACUUAUUUUAAUUACCCUAAAAUGCAAACUGUAUUUUUGUUGUUUUUUAAUACAGCACUUUGAAUCUGGUUUAUGUUUGUCUGUCAACUUGAACUGGAAUCUCUUAUAUAACUUAGUAGAUGAUGAUUAAUAGUUUUCAAAUCUACUUGCUCCGUGGACCAUCUUACCUAGAAAUUGCCCAUUAUAUAUAGUAUUAAUUAGUUAUUGUUCUCAGCUAAUCCCUAUAAUUAUUUUUAAAUGAGUCUGCUAGUAGCUCUUUCUGCAGAAACAAGACAUAGAUCUGAAAGCCACCUCUUCUUAAAAAUUAAACUACUUGGAAAGAAUUUUAGGAAACAUCUAAGAAAAGCUGUCAAUAUAUUUGUUUUAUUUUAUAUUUUGGACUAUUAUCUAAAGGUAGUUUAAAGUGUUAUAUUUUGCUUUAGAUAGAGAAUCAGGCUAUGAUAAUUGUUCCUACUCUGAAUUUUCUGUUGGGCUUUGCAUUAGGUCAAGGAUUUUCAGGAUAUCCCCAAAAUAGUACUUUCUUGUCAGCAUAUACAUGCAGAGUAAGUCACCUUUCUGGGUCUGCUUUCUUAGUAACCAUCUGUUGUCCAAUUCUGCUGCCAAUUAGACUUUCUAGAAGCUAUGUCAACUAACUUUUCAUGUGUUACAUGAAUCUAAUACCAAAAAAAGGACAAAUAUUCUAGAUAAUAAAUUUUAAGACAUUUCUUUAAUUUGGCAUUUUGGAGGGUGUAGGUGGAAGAUAGAGGAAGCAAUUUUCUUUGGAAAAUUUGUGGUAAUAUAUAAAAAUUUGCACUCUAUAGAUUCUGAACAGAGUGGGAAGCAGCUUAUUUCUGAAUCCAGCCAUUCUGACCUUUUGAGACACAAGCUCCUUAGGAGUUGGGGGAAAGACACAGGAUUCUAUGAAUAAAAGCAAUUAGCAUUUUCUUUGUUGUUUUUGAAGACUUACCACUGAAUCCAGUUCUGUAACCCAAAGGGCAGUGUGGGUAGUUUUAAGCCUAGGGAAUAUUCAGAUACUCCCUUUGUGGCGGUGGUGGGAUGGUAGGAUGCAGAAGAGGAGUAAGAAUCAGGUUCCACAUCAGAUGGACUGCUGUUGUCACAGUCUUACUGAGAGACUGCAUGGCAUAAUGGGCACUGCAGGUCACAGAUUACUAGGUUCAGAUACUCUCCCUCGCCUUCCUGGCUCCAGAAUCCUUUAAUUCCAUCUCUCCUGGAAUUUGUUUUGUACUGAUAAUUCCUGCUUGGCUUCAGCUCUGCCAAUGGUAGGGGCCUGUCUUCUUUCUAAGCAGUGUUAAGAGAUAGUCAAUCCAAAGGCUACAUAGUGUGUUGGAUUCCCUCUGUGGCUUAAAGUUUAGAAUCAAGUCCAGUGUCUCCUCAGUGCCUGUGCUGCUGGUCUAGACAGGAUCCUGAGUGCUCUUACAUAUUCAGAUUCAAAAUAGCCCUUUUGUGCUAGGGAUAAUAGUAAUAUGUAAUGCAUAGUAGGCUCUUUCAUCUUAGUGAUAUGCAGACCAGUCUAGUUUUAUCUUAGGACAAAAAAAGUUUGAAUGAACUAAUUUCUCCAAGUUUACAAAAUCACAAACGAAUAGAUCUCUGCUUAGUUUUGUGAAAAGAACUAGGAGUUGUAAAUAGAAUAUUUAUAUUUCAGUACUCUCUCAAGAAGCAUAUAAUAUCACUGAAGAUAGACAAGAAUAUAAUUUCUUCCCUCCAGUAGUCAUAAAGUAGCAGUGGGUGAAAGAGCAUUUAUUAUUGAGAGAAUGCCAGGUUUCUACAAGAAAGUAAGGGUAACAACUCAGUCAGGGAUGUGAACUUCCAAAGAUCCAAUGCCUAAGCUGAAUUUAAGAGCAGUAUGCAAUGGCACCAGUGAUAUAUUGACCAUAAGUACCUAGCUUAUGCUACCUGUGGAUCAGUUAGACAAGCCUAGAAAGGUGAGCAGAGGUUAGAUCCUAGAGGGUCCAUAUUUUUCUCACUUUCUAUUACCUACCUCAAAAUUGAAGUUCAAUAUGUGUUCCCUCCUGCCUAACAAAAAACAACAACAAAAUAAAAUCCUUCCUUGGUGAAUGUACAAACAAGGUUGAACAAAUCUUUUGGCCCAGGAAUACAAUAGCAUACUAUCCAGAGACUCACCUACUAAGUAUAUAAAGCAAAGGUAAUCAGGUCAAGUAUUUGUAAGAACCUUAGUCACCCAUACUCCAUCAGUGCCAAAGCAGCCAUGAUUGUUAGAGCACACAUCAGCACAAGAGCAGACAUUUCUUGGGUGUACAAAACAAUAUACAAUAAGCAAGGAUUUACGCUCUUCAAAGCCUGUGAGAAAUUACUGGAUCAUGGGAAGCUAAAAACAAGAAUGGGAUGACUGCUUUUUACUUUCUUGAUAUUCAGAACAAUAGAUGUUCGGAAGACAAGUAGCUGAGCACGUCAAGGACAUAACUAAUGUCAUUUUGUUACAAUAUUAAUGAGAUGCCUUAGGAACUUAACUCUUGUUUAUAUCCAUUAGCCUAUGGUGAAAUUGCUUUCGCUAUACAUCUUUUUAUUGAAAGUCGCAGAACCUAUUGAUGUUUAGUGAGAACUCUUAAUAGCUUUGUGGAUACUGUGCAGCCUGUUCUCUAUAACAAUUAGCAAGUUACACUGGUUUCCAGAAAGAGCUUCACAAUUAUGUCAUGUAUGUACUGCCCUCCAUGGUGUCUUACUUUGCCCUAAAUUAAUCCCAAAUUAUCCGAAAUGCCACUCCAAUGUCAGAAAAAAGGGGGAGAGUUGGAAAUAUUAUAUUUCCUGUGAUUUUAAGAGUACAGUUAAUCAUCUUACUCUGGUUGGUCCUCAUGCCUAUGGUGUAUAAUAAAAAUGAAAAUGAACUCUCAA